GUGGUCCGGGUGGUCCGGGUGGUCCGGGUGGUGGUGGUGGUGGUGGUGGCCCUGGCUUCGAGGGUGUCCCUUCGGUGCCCCCCAACCCGUUCACGGACUUUGCAACCUCCGGAGGCGAGAAGGGCCCUGUUAUCUAUGUCCGCAACCUGCCCUGGUCUACCUGCAACGAAGAUCUGGUCGACCUGUUCUCGACUAUUGGAAAGGUAGAUCGUGCGGAGAUUCAGUAUGAGCCCAAUGGUCGCUCUCGCGGCACGGGUGUGGUCCAGUUUGACAACGCAGAAACUGCAGAAACUGCGAUUGCCAAGUUCACCGGUUAUCAAUACGGUGGCCGUCCGCUCGGCAUCACUUUCGUCAAGUACAUGAAUGCAGGUGCUGGCCCCGGAGACGCCAUGGAGGGUGCCGAGCCCACUGGCGGUAUCACACAAGACCAGAUCAUGUAAUAGUAUCGUAUUCUUUCCUCCUUUCGACGGACCGAUGAGGUCGAAAAGUUUGCGAUGUAAUUACUCCCCGGUCAAAUGAUUCCAUGACCAAAUAUUCGUGUGGACGCGAUGAUGCUAUUCUACCGUUUUUGAUGCCUCUGCUUUUGUCUUGUUUGUUUUCUUCUCUGGCGAUCUGGUUCUGUGGGACAAAUCGGACCUUGAUUCUGCUUGCUUUAUGUUCUUCGGGUGAGUUUGUGAUUGAUCAUGGUCUGGCUUUGCUCUGUAUCCCACAGCUUGGGUGGGGUUUCCACUAGAAGAUUUCGGUUCUGGAGAGGCUCCUUACUUCAUUUUCGAGUUGGCUUUGGUAGAAAUUGCAAUACCCGGUCGUUUAGUGUUACGCCAAUGCCAAUAUUCUCGCCGUUCGCGGUCUUAGUUUUUUUCCAAUUAAUCGUUCACAUUACCCCUGCUA